UCUAAGGAAGGGAUUGAAAUAUCCCUCAUCUCCUGCUGCUGACACAAGAAAUCCUUCAUGUGGUUCAUGUAGCACAGUCAAAUAAGACUUGUGGACAUCACGAAGGUCUGGAAUCUUGAGCGUUUUGAUUUGUUAGAAAAAGCUGCAAUUCUUUGAGGAAGUUGAGGAUUAUCGGCGAACAUCCUAGAGCUCUCCAAAAAUGCAACGAGCUACUCUGCUCGUGGUCAUUGUGUUGUGCGUAUCAGGAACCUCUGCACAAAAUUGUGACUUUGAGUCCAGUGUUUGCAAUUAUAAACAGGAUAAGACUGAUAACUUUGAUUGGAGGUGGUAUCAUGGUGCUACAGAUACCAAAAGCACAGGACCUGCCAAAGAUCAUACACCAAAAUCCAAUAAAGUAAAAACUAUUGGUGGUAACUCCAAUGGUGCAGAUUGUGUGUUUCCAUUCAGAUAUCUUACCAGAAAUUAUAGCCAAUGUACAGCCGUAGCUCACUCUCUCCUUUGGUGUGCUACCACAAGUGAUUAUAGCAAAGAUGGUAAAUGGGGAAAUUGUGUCCCGGAUGGUGUUUAUUCAUUGGGCUGCUAUCUAACAUACAAUGGAAACCAUAUCUUUAGAGUAACCUUACCUGGUACAGUCAGGGGAACAAAUGUUAUCCAACAGUGCAUUACUGAAGCAAAGACAUUUAAAAAAAAUAAUAAAAAAAACCUUCAAGGCAUUGGUAUCAGGAAUUAUGGUUCUUAUUACCGUUGCUACGCGGAUGAAGAGGCUGAUCUGCGAUACAAUAAACAUGGACCUUCUCUUAACUGUGGAUCACAAGGUCUUGGUACUCAGAACACCAAUACAACAUCUGUGUUCUUGUUUACAGGUCGAUAUAUGUAUGUUGAGGUGAAUGGAAAGCAGAAUGGAGAUAUUGCCCGCAUCUCAAGCCCAUUGGUUUCUGUGUCCCAAAAAACCACUAAGUGCUUGAAGUUUUGGUAUCACAUGUAUGGGCCUCACAUAGCAUCACUUAAUGUGUAUGCUAACACAACAUCUUUGGGAUUUCCUAUCUGGUCAAAGAAUGGUACACAAGGAAACAAGUGGAAGCUGGCCAAAGUUGAUGUUGUAAUGAGCCAGUCUUAUUCUCUGGUUUUUGAAGGAACAGCAGAAGGGAAUGAUAAAGGAGACAUUGCUUUGGAUGACAUUCAGUUGGCAACUGGAUCAUGUGAUUACUCUGGUGACCCAUGUAACUUUCAAGAUGAUAGCUGUAGCUUUACUCAGGACAACACAGAUAACUUUGACUGGAUACGAACUAAGGGUUCCACACCCACUCCAGGAACAGGACCAACUGUUGACCACUCAUAUGGAUCUAGUUUGGGUUAUUAUAUGUUACUUGAAGCUUCAGGACAGAACAAUGGUGAUAAAGCCAGGAUCAUGAGAACAUACAAGAAGGCUACAGUCACAGAAAGUUGCUUUCAGUUUUGGUACAUGAUGUAUGGUUCAAGCCUUGGUACACUCAAUGUCUAUCAGAAAGUUGGAAAUAGUCUUGGAAAUGCAAUUUGGACUGUCUCAGGUGACCAGGGUGUUCAGAGGACUUGGCUAAAAGGACGUGUCACACUCAACAGUACAGCCCAAUUUACUGUUGUUUUUGAAGGAGUAAGAGGAAAUGGUGCCAAAAGUGACAUUGCUAUUGAUGAUAUUUCCAUGUCUUCAGGCCACUGUCCAAAUCCUGGGGACUGCAAUUUCCAGAAUGACUUCUGUACUUGGAGUAACAUGGCUGGUGAUGAUUUUAAUUGGAUCAGGGGAUCAGGACAAACACCAAGUUUCUUUACAGGUCCUGAUACAGAUCGCCUGGGUUCUUCUCAAGGUGCCUACGCCUUCAUUGAGACAUCAAGUCCUAGAAAACAAGGUGACAAAGCAAGAUUAGUCAGUACACAAUUUAAUGGAACGGCCUCCAAGAACUGCUUUACUUUCUGGUAUCACAUGUAUGGUUCAAGCAUUGGCACCCUCAAUCUUUACCAAGUAGUUGGUAAUACUGAAACACUCAUCUGGACCCUCUCAGGAAAUAAAGGAAGACAAUGGUUUAAUGGACAAGUGCCAGUUGGAAAUCAAGCUAAAUAUAAGAUCAUUGCUGAAGGUAUCAGGGGAACUAGUUAUCAAGGAGAUAUAGCCAUUGAUGACUUUAGGUUCCUUCCAGGAAUCAAUUGUCAACUGAGUCCAACAGCGGCUGCUCCGAACUAUGUUACCACUGCAGCUCCAACAACUUCAUCAGCCACAACAACGCCUAUUCCAAAUGGUGGCAUAAACUGUGACUUUGAAUCAGACAUUUGUACCUGGACACAAGACAAAACAGACCAGUUUGACUGGACAAGGAGGGCGGGCUCUACCACAUCAUCAUCAACAGGCCCCUCUGCUGACCAUACAAAAGGAAAUGGUAAUGGCUGGUAUGUGUACAUUGAAACAUCUUGGCCAAGAAAGAUGAAUGAUACAGCAAGGCUUAUUAGUAGUUCUAUUCCAGGAACUACUGCUAGCAAAGGAAAGUGCUUGUCAUUUUGGUAUCACAUGUAUGGAGCAGACAUCAAUACCCUUAGUGUUUAUGUCAGGACAGGUGCCCAUGAUUCAAUGUUGUGGUCUAAGACAGGAACACGGGGAGACAAAUGGAUUCAAGGCCGAGCAACUGUGACCAGUAGAGAUCAUUUUAAGAUUGUAAUGUCUGCUUCAGUUGGCAAAAGUUACCAAGGAGACAUUGCUUUGGAUGAUAUUUCUAUGACAGAUGGACCUUGCAACCAUGACUCAACAACCUGCACAUUUGAAGAAAGUCACAUGUGUGGUUACCAACAGGAUACAACGGAUGAUUUUGAUUGGGCUCGUGGCAGUGGAGCAACAGUUACCCCCAACACUGGGCCUGCUGCUGAUCACACAUUAGGAUCAGCUUCAGGGUUUUACAUGUAUAUCGACAGUUCAAUUGCUCAAAGUGGGAAAAAGGCUAGAUUACUGACUCCUCAGAUGCCCAAAGUUAGUGCCAAAUGUCUGAAGUUCUGGUAUCACAUGUAUGGAUCAACGGUAGGGACUCUGGCAGUGUAUAAGAAAACAGGUUCUUCAGUGGGUAUUCGCAUCUGGAGACGCUCUGGGGAUCAAGAUGAUGAGUGGCUUGUUGCACAAGUUAGUGUGUGGAGUCCUGUAAAACCAUUUUGGCUUUCAUUUGAAGGUCAGGUGGCUGGCAGCACAGGAGAUAUUGCCAUUGAUGAUGUUGAAAUAUUUGCGGGCAAGUGCCCAACACCUGGAAAUUGUGACUUUGAGAAGGGAACAUGCACCUGGAGAAACACCCGUAAGGGAGAUGACUUUGAUUGGUUACAAGGCAAAGGUAAUACACUGUCAUCUACCACUGGGCCAUCUAAUGAUCACACCACUAACUCUGCCAACGGAACCUACAUGUUUAUUGAAGCUUCAUCACCAAGAAAAACUGGCGACAAGGCAAGAUUUUUCAGCGAGACAUUAAGUGCUGUUCCUGCCAAAGGAACAUGCCUUCAGUUUUGGUACCACAUGUAUGGUCUUGAUAUUGGAACCCUUAAUGUGGUGCAAAAGACAACAUCUGGAAGCAAGUCUGAAAACAUUCUGUGGACUUUGCAAGGUCAGCAGGGUAGUAAGUGGUUAAAUGGAAAAGUGUCCCUCAGCAAGGUUCCAAGCUCUGACUUCUGGAUCAUCUUCGAAGGAAUACGUGGUACUGGUUACCGUGGAGAUAUUGCCAUUGAUGAUAUUCUCAUAACAAGUGGAGAUUGUACCACAUUCCCAGCUAAUGCAGAUCCUAACCCUGUAACAACUUCAAUGCCCACAGCUACCACCCAGUUCACCCUGCCACCCACCAUUGCGCCUUCAUUGUACAACUGCGACUUUGAAAGUGGCUUUUGUAACUACACCCAAGAGCACAUAACAGACAUCUUUAACUGGACACGACAUCAAGGUGGCACAUAUUCUGGAGGGACUGGCCCAACGGCAGAUCACACCAAACAACAAGGAGUAGUAGGACCCAAUGGUCCAGGGUCUCUUCAACACAAGUUAUCUGCAAAGUGUAUACAUGUCUAUUUGGGUGGGUUUCGUAAACCAACCCCAGGCACUGUUAUAGUGACUUAUGAUGGAUGUGGAGAGAGUCGCUUGGAGUUUCAGCUAACAUCUGAUGGUUAUAUUAAAUAUACCAAGUACAAUAUGUGUCUGCGACGAAGAGGGGGAUCUGGUGUCAAUGCUGAUGAUGUUGUGUUAGAUGACAAGUGCAGUGAAAAGUGGAAAUUCACCUCCAAAGGUUCAAUACAGCAUCUACCAACAAGCAAAUGUUGGACUCCAUAUGGUGGUAAGGCAGUAAAUGAUGGCAAGCUUCUCCUCAAUACAACUUGUGAUAACAAGGAUCAGCAGUUCAGGUGGCAACCAACACGUGGAUGGUAUGUUUACAUAGAGGGAUCAUUCCCGAGGAAGCCUAGUGACACUGCAAGAAUUCAUUCUCCUUAUGUCAAUACUAACCCUUCACAGACCAAGUGUCUUUCCUUUUGGUAUCAUAUGUAUGGACCUCACAUAGGGCAACUUAACAUCUACCGCUAUGCUGGUGGCCAGCUUAACUCCCCUGUCUGGUCCAAAUCUGGCUCCCAUGGCAACAAAUGGUUGAAUGGUCAGGUAGAGCUAACAAAUAACAAUCCUUACAAAAUUGUGUUUGAGGGUGUGCGUGGUUCAAGUUACCAAAGUGAUAUUGCUCUGGAUGACAUUCAGCUCAGCAAUGGCCAGUGUACUCCAACUAUGGACUGUGACUUUGAAAGUCCAGUAUCCCAGCUGAGAUUGUGUGGUUGGAAGCAAUAUCCUGGGGCUAAUAUCAACUGGCGUCUUGGUCAAGGCAACACAUCAUCAAUCAACACAGGACCAGCAAGUGAUCACACCCUUAGGGAUGGCAGAGGACAUUACCUUUUCAUUGAGACAUCAUUUGUUGCCCCUAACUCCAAAGCCUGGUUGAUAGGUCCAAAGAUUAACCCACAGAGUGGAAAGUGUUUUCAGUUCUGGUACCAUAUGUAUGGGAGCAGUAUUGGUCAACUUAAUGUUUACCUCAUGACAUCAAAAACAGUUCCAUCUAUUCCUGCUUGGUCACGACAGAGAGAUCAAGGGAACUUGUGGUAUAUUGCUCAAGUAUCCAUCACAAUCCCUAACUAUGUUAAUGUGUUAUUUGAGGGUGUACGUGGCACAAGCUACACUGGAGACAUAGCAAUUGAUGACUUUAAGCUCAUGGAUGGACCUUGUAAUCAGGCAGGGUAUUGUGACUUUGAGAAAGAUGACUGGUGUACAUGGACAAAUGACAAGAGAGAGGACAACUUUGAUUGGUUAGUUGGUAGUGGCAGCACACCAUCAGCCUUUACUGGGCCUGCUGUUGAUCAUACGACAGGACAUGGUAUUGGAAAAUACAUGUUUAUGGAGGCAUCUGCACCAACCAGACCAGGAGAUAAGGCCAGACUGUACAGUGAACGCUUCCAACCAACAGGUGGCUCUUGCAUUAAGUUUUGGUAUCACAUGUAUGGUCCUUCAGUAGGUACCCUAAAUGUUUUAGUCAAGACUGGUGCAGGCAAUCGGUCUGAGGAUAUUGUGUGGACACUUUCCGGCAACCAAUUAGAUCAAUGGAAAUUUGGGCAGGCCCCUGUUGUGAGUGCGCAAAGUGGAUAUCAGGUUGUAUUUGAGGCCAUCAGAGGAAGUGACUAUCGAGGGGAUAUAGCAAUUGAUGACAUCGCAUUUACAGUUGGAGCCUGUACUGUUUUGCCACACAAUGCUAAACCGACACCUCCACCAACUCUGCCAGCUACAACUGGGCCUACAACAAUUCCACCCAAGGGGAAAUUUGACUGUGACUUUGAAGGUGGCUUUUGUCUUUGGACACAAGAUUCAACUGACAGUUUCAACUGGACCAGGCAUCGCGGACCAACAUCAUCAACAGACACUGGGCCAACCACUGAUCACACUCUUAAAACAGGAAAUGGUACCUAUGCCUAUGCUGAAGCCUCAUAUCCCAGGCAACUGAAUGACACAGCUCGACUGAUCAGUCCCACACUUCAAAGUAACACAAGACCUGGAACAUGCAUCUCUUUCUGGUAUCACAUGUACGGUGCUGACAUUAACUCCCUGAAUGUGUACACGAAGGUUGGAGGAUCUCUUGGCACAGCCAUUUGGCAAAAGAAAGGAAAUCAAGCAAAUGUAUGGAAAUAUGGCCAAGUCUUUGUCAGGCAGCCUCUAAACUACCAGGUUGUUUUUGAAGCAGUGCGAGGAAAGAAUUACUUGGGUGACAUUUCAUUGGAUGAUAUUGCUGUCAAAGAUGGCUUCUGUCCACCUCUGAAAGAAUGUGCAUUCGAAGAAACUGGCUUAUGUGGAUGGUCAGAUGAAAAGAGUGUUGAUAACUUUGACUGGACAAGGCAGAGUGGUUCCACAUCCAGCUCUGGAACAGGUCCAACUUUUGACCACACUUUUGGGACAGCAAAGGGAUUCUACAUGUUUAUUGAAACCUCCUUUCCAAGAAAAACAGGGGACAAGGCACAGCUGUUAAGCCCCAGAUACGGUGCGACAAACGGAAAAUGCUUGCAGUUUUGGUACCAUAUGUAUGGACGUAGCAUUGGAACAUUAAAUGUCCGUAUUAGACGUUUGGUUCAAGGUCAACCCACCUACUUUCUACAGUGGUCCAGAUCAGGUGACCAUGGAAACCGCUGGAGGGUUGCGCAGGUAACUGUAUCAUCUGUAAGUGAUUACCAAAUAGUAUUUGAAGGAGUAGCAGGAAGCAGUUAUCAGGGUGACAUUGCCAUUGAUGAUGUAAUUUUACUGGACAAUGCUUGCCCACCCCCUGGUGAUUGUAAUUUUGAGACUGGCAUGUGUACCUGGGUUAAUGUGGCACAAAAGGAUGAUUUUGAUUGGGUGCGGUAUAAUGGUGAAACAAGUAGCUUGGGCACUGGUCCUUCUACUGAUCACACAACAAAGACAAAAGGAGGGUACUAUAUGUAUAUCGAAACAUCAAGUCCACGUCUGCUUAAUCACAAGGCCAGGAUGGAGUCUGAAGAAUUCCAACCAACAGGUGCAUCAGGACGUUGCUUGAAGUUCUGGUAUCAUAUGUAUGGGGCUUCUAUUGGAUCACUUAAUGUCUGGAUCAGCAGCAAUGGUUCAUCUGGUCAGAUAUGGACUCUUACUGGUAAUAAAGGUGACAAGUGGCAAUUUGCUCAAGCUCCCGUCAGCAGUAAAAGUGUCUAUCAGGUUAUCUUUGAAGGUGUCAGGGGCCAAGGUCAUCAAGGUGACAUUGCUAUCGAUGAUGUCCAGUUUACAGUUGGCUGGUGUGUUGUCCUGCCUCCUGGUGCAAGGCCAUUAAACCCCUGGACAACCCCAGCAGUGACCACCUCACCACCUAUCACAGCCCCAACAUCAGCACCUUCCAUCUAUGACUGUACAUUUGAGAACAAUACGUGCACAUGGACUCAAGCAUUGGAUGACACUUUCAAUUGGACAAGGCAUCAAGGGAGUACACUAUCUCGGUUCACUGGACCAUCUACAGAUCACACCACAGGGGGUGCUACUGGAUUUUACAUGUACAUUGAGACUUCAUUUCCACGAAAGCCCAAUGACACAGCACGCUUUGAGAGUGCAAUGGUCCCUGCCACACAACAAAAGUGCUUGCAGUUCUGGUAUCACAUGUAUGGCCCUCAUGUUGACACUCUUAAUGUGUAUACAAAAGUAAACCAGCAACUCGGGUCACCUGUGUGGACAAGAAGUGGCACCCAGGGAAACAAAUGGAAACAUGCUACUCUUUCUUUGACUGUGUCAUCUAAAUUUAAGGUUGUUUUUGAGGGUCGCAGAGGUUCCAGCUGGGCUGGUGACAUUGCUCUAGAUGACAUAUCCAUGCAAGAUGGACAGUGUCCACCGCAGACUCAGUGUUCUUUUGAAGAUCAAAAGCUCUGUGGAUGGAAGAAUAUUCAUGGUGACAACUUUGACUGGACACGAGCCAAUGGCUUCACAGCCAGUUUAGGAACGGGUCCAUCACUUGACCACACCACAGGAACAGCUAAUGGUUACUAUUUGUACAUCGAGACCUCUUCACCUCGCUCAAAGGGGCAUAAGGCUUGGCUUGUGAGUCCACAAUUUAAAUCAACCAAUGGAAGAUGUCUCCAGUUCUGGUACCACAUGUAUGGCUCAACCAUUGGAACCCUAAAUGUUCUUCUACUACAAAACAAAACUCGCUCUUCUCCAAUCUGGAGCCUGUCUUCAAACCAAGGUGACAUCUGGAGAGUUGCCCAAGUCACACUCAACAGUGCUGUUGACUUUAGUGUAAUAUUUGAAGGCAUCACAGGCACAAGCUAUACUGGUGACAUUGCUAUUGAUGAUGUGGAGAUCAUGGAUGGUGCCUGUCCCUUACCUGGUGACUGUGACUUCGAGAAAGGUAUGUGCACAUGGGUUAACUCGCGAAAUGUCUUAGAGGAUGAAUUUGAUUGGACGCGGGGAAGUGGUGGAACACCAAGUCAAUUUACAGGACCAAAGAUUGAUCACACAACGGGCUCAGCAAAAGGAAACUACCUGUUCAUAGAGACCUCACUCCCCAGAAGACGUGGAGAUCGUGCAAGGCUGGAAAGUGAAGUUUUCCCUGCAACUCCUAGCAAUGGCAGAUGCAUGCAGUUUUGGUAUCAUAUGAAUGGAAGCCAUAUUGGCACCUUGAAUGUGUACAUGAGAGUGUAUGGGCAGUCAGAGACAAAGUUAUGGUCACUCUCUGGUGAUCAAGGGACUGCGUGGAAAGCUGCUCGACUGCAAAUUCUAAGUGGUGGUCGCCAUUAUCAGAUCAUCUUUGAAGGCAUUCGUGGAGUUGAUUAUCAAGGUGACAUAGCGAUCGAUGACAUAACAUUUACUACAACUGUUGGUAAAUGUAUAACAAGUCCGGUCAGUGCAGUUCCAUUUGAUUGUAACUUUGAAAAUGGAAUAUGCUCUUGGAGCCAGUCUAUCACAGAUCGCUUCGAUUGGACAAGACAUAGGGGUUCAACAGGCAGUGUUCUGACAGGGCCCAGCAUCGACCAUACAACAGGCACACGUCAGGGCUGGUACGUCUACAUUGAAACAUCUUUUCCGAGGCAAGUUAAUGAUACUGCUCGCAUCCUUAGUCCAACAAUUAAAGCAGAUGGGUCCCAAAAAUCAAUUCACUGUGUGUCCUUCUGGUAUCAUAUGUAUGGACCUCAUGUGGACACGUUACGACUGUACCAGAAGGUUGGUUCUACCCUGGGGAAACCCAAGUGGGUAAGACAAGGAGAUCAAGGAAAUCAGUGGAUACAGGGAGAGUACACAGUAGAACACACCAAAGAUGUACAAAUUGUUUUCGAAGCAGUUCGAGGAGUAAGUUACCGUGGAGAUAUUGCGCUUGAUGAUAUUUCACUGAAAGAUGGCAGCUGUCCCUCAUCAGGAAUGUGCAGUUUUGAAGCAGCUGACAUCUGCGGGUAUCAAAACAGCUAUGACACCACGGACAAAUUUAACUGGCUCCGAAGCAAUGGUCCAACUACUAGUAUUGGCACUGGGCCAGUGGCAGAUCACACCUAUGGGACUGUGUAUGGCCAUUACAUGUACACUGAGGUUUCUCCCUUAAACUUAAAUGCGGGUGACACAGCUCACCUGCGAAGCCCAAGAUAUCCAGCCACACAGGGUUCAUGCCUUCAGUUCUGGUAUCACAUGUAUGGCCGCACCAUUGGAACAUUGAAUGUAUAUGUCGAGACCUUCUCUAUAUUCAAGUCUAAAGUAUGGAGCAAAACAGGCAAUGACAGUAAUAUCUGGAAUGUAGCACAAGUAAACAUCAAGAGUCGUAUUGGAUAUCAGAUUGUUUUUGAAGGAGUAAAGGGAGCAAGCUAUACUGGAGAUAUAGCCAUUGAUGAUGUCAAAAUAAUGAAUGGCAGCUGUCCAUCACCUGGAGAUUGCUCGUUUGACGAUGGUAUGUGCACUUGGACUAACGCCCGAACUGGGGAUACAUUUGACUGGAUUGUAGGAGGUGGAAGAACACCAAGCUUUCUGACAGGACCUUCCAAAGACCACACAACAGGCUCUGGCCAGUAUAUGUUUAUUGAGACCUCAUCCCCGAGAGUGCCUGGUGACAAGGCAUAUCUCCUCAGUGAACCUUUUGACCCGACCUCCAGUAGUGGUAGAUGUCUACAGUUUUGGCAUCACAUGAAAGGAGCCUCAAUUGGCACCUUGAAUGUCUACAUAUACACCGGCAACUUCUCAACAAUGUCUCUGCUGUGGCAGAGAAUAGGAAAUAAGGGCGAUAACUGGUUGCUUGGACAAACGCCCAUAAGAAGCAGCGUCAAGUAUCAGGUUCUGUUUGAAGGUAUCCGUGGAAAUAGUUAUACCGGUGACAUAGCACUGGAUGACGUAAGCUUCACGGUUGGCGCGGCCAACUGCAGGUUGCAGCCUUAUGAUGCACUGCCUGUUAACAUGACAACUGCAGCUCCUCCUGUCACCACAUCUCCGUCUAUUACCCCAACCACAAUAGGUAAUCAAGGAAAUGACUGCAAUUUCGAAGUUGGGAUAUGCUCUUGGACUUUUGACUCCAAUGGAAAAUUUAACUGGACCCGUCACCAGGGCUCCACAGCAUCUUCUGGUACUGGACCCAAAUAUGAUCACACUUUAGGAAAUACGGGACAAGGCUACUAUAUGUACAUCGAGACAUCAUCUCCUCGCCAACCAAACGACACGGCUGGAUUGGUUAGUCCAAUUAUUCCGACGUCAGGACCAACUGCUUGUGUGCUGUUCUGGUACCAUAUGUUUGGGCCUCACAUUGCUUCUCUUAACGUCUACGUGAAGGAUGGAAACAAUCCAAAAACUCUCACGUGGCAAAAAGUUGGCUCUCAGGCUGAUGAAUGGAAACAAGGACUUGUGCAAUUCAACACAAAUCAACGUUCCUACCAGGUUACUUUUGAGGGAGUACGUGGCUCUAGUUACCAAGGGGACAUCUCGUUGGAUGACAUUUCUUUCCAAAACAACAAUUGUCCAGCAGCAAGUGAGUGUACCUUUGAGGCCUUUGUGGGAUCAUUAUCACAUACUUGCGGCUGGACGCAAGAUACCACUGAUGACUUUCAAUGGACCCGUGCAAGUGGUUCCACUGCUAGUUACCAGACCGGGCCAGCAUUUGACCACACCUAUGGAACCAAACAGGGGUAUUACAUGUACAUCGAGACAUCUUCUCCAAGGAAACAGGGUGACAAAGCAAGGCUUAUUAGCCCCACUUACCCUGCUGUUAAGGGAGGCCAGUGCUUCCAAUUCUGGUACCACAUGUAUGGCCAAGACAUUGGCACACUUAAUGUGUACGUGAAGUCACCAUCGGGUAAACCUGGCGUGCCAGUGUGGCUUAGGUCGGGUGAUCGUGGAAAUAUCUGGAAGAUUGCUCAGGUUGCAGUCACUUCAAGCUCUAAUUUCCAGAUUGUGGUAGAGGGUGUAGCAGGCAAGAGCUACCAGGGGGAUAUUGCUGUUGACGAUAUGAAGUUAAUCAAGAGCCCUUGUCCAUUACCAGGUGACUGUGAUUUUGAAAGUGGAAUGUGCACCUAUACUAACACCCCGACUGAAGAUCAGUUUGACUGGCUGAGAAAUGCAGGAGCAACUCCAAGCUGGAGGACGGGCCCAAAGGUGGAUCAUACUCUGGGGACUAGUUUAGGUCAUUACAUGUACAUAGAAACAUCAUCACCUCGUAGGCAAGGCGACAAGGCUCGUCUUGUCAGUGAGGACUUCUCACCAGUCACAAUCCAUGGAAGAUGUGUGAAGUUCUGGUAUCAUAUGUAUGGUGCUUCAAUUGGCACGCUUAGAAUUCUGGAGAAAACUGGUCCAGGAAACAAAUCAGAAAGUGUCAUUUGGGAGCUCAGUGGAAACUUUGGUGACCAGUGGUACAGUGGACAGGCCCCUAUUACAAGUGGUUCUCCUUACCAGGUGGUCUUUGAGGCUGUGAGAGGAAGCAGCAUCAGUGGUGACAUCGCAAUCGAUGACAUCACAUUCUCUACAUCAAAAUGCUCUGUUGUGCCUUCCUUGGCGGUGCCCCCCACUCCACCACCCACCAAACCCCCUCCCAUCAUCAACAACUGUACUUUUGAAGGAGGGUUCUGCUCCUGGAAAAACCUGAAUGGAGAUGAUUUCGAUUGGACAAGGAGCAGGGGAUCAACGGCUUCGUGGAGCACAGGACCGACUGUUGAUCACACGAAAGGAACUUCUCAAGGUUACUAUGUUUACAUCGAGACAUCCUCUCCGCGUCGUCAGAACGACAAGGCACAGCUCCAAAGUGGCUUGAUACAGCCAACCACGGUCACCUCAGGACGAUGCCUGAAGUUUUGGUUCCAUAUGUGGGGUCAACACGUGGACACCCUUAAUGUCUACCGUAAAGAUAGCUCUUCACAAGUCAGAAUUUGGACUCGAAGAGGAACACAAGGUAACAAGUGGAGAUAUGCCCAAGUGAACCUGAUAAGCAACCAGCCGUUCUAUGUCAUUUUCGAAGGGGUUCGUGGUAGUAGUUACAUGGGAGACAUCGCCCUCGAUGAUUUGGAUGUUGCAGAUGGGCCUUGUCCACCUCCAAAGGCUUGUGACUUUGAAACUGACAUGUGCUUGUGGAAAAAUACAGUGGGCGAUAAAUUUAAUUGGCAGCGUGACAGUGGGGGGACACCGUCCUUGGGGACAGGACCUUCGUCCGAUCAUACCACUGGAACGAGCAAUGGUUACUACAUGUAUAUCGAGACAUCCUCCCCUCGCCAACAAGGCGACGUCGCAUGGCUCAUCAGUCCCAAGUACACAGGAGCACAGAAUGGCAAAUGCUUGAAUUUCUGGUACCAUAUGGCUGGGCCUCAUAUUGGCCAACUGAAUGUGUAUGUCAAAACAUUUGGCUCCCCGUCGAAGGGUUCAAAGGUUUGGAAUGAGACUGGUGACCAGGGUAAUUUCUGGCUGCAUGCCAGAGCACCUGUUAAGAUCAGUGGAGAUUUCCAGAUUUUGUUUGAAGGAAUCAGAGGCCAGAGUUAUAAGGGCGAUAUUGCAAUUGAUGACUUAAGCAUUGAUGACAGCCCCUGUCCACCAGAAGGAAGUUGUGACUUUGAGAAAAAGAGUUUCUGUGCAUGGCUCAAUGUACCUAAUGGUAAUAGGUCUUCGGGUCUGGAUGAUUUUGAUUGGACUCUGGGAAGUGGCAGCACACCGAGUUACCAAACGGGACCGUCGAGUGAUCACACGACUGGAUCCGCCGUCGGAACUUACGCUUUUAUUGAAACAUCAAGUCCUCGAAAGUCAGGUGAAAUAGCCAGAUUGAGAAGUAAAAUGUUCGCUUCCACUACUGGAAAGUGCAUGUCAUGGUGGUUCCACAUGUAUGGUGCAACCGUUGCCAACCUUAAUAUCUACAUGAAACAAGUUGGCAAGCCAGAGAGUUUGGUUUGGAACCUCAACGGCUCACAGGGCAAUGUCUGGCGCAAAGCAGAGGUGACAGUAACCAGCAGGACAAGCUAUCAGAUAAUUUUUGAAGGUGUAAGGGGAAAAGACUACCAAAGCGACAUCGCCAUAGACGACAUUUUGUUCAACGCUGGCUACUGUAUAGGACUGUGUUCUUCUGUCAAUUCUCAGCAGCGAGUAGACUGUGGCUAUGUUGGUAUCACCAAGGCAACCUGUGUGGGUCUGCGAAGAUGUUGUUGGGACGAUUCUGUUCCGAACGUUCCGUACUGCUUUUAUCAUCCCAGUGCAUGCAAGAGUGUCAAGCCGGCGACGAGGCAAGACUGUGGCUACGUUGGAAUCUCGUCAACUCAGUGCCAGUCUCGCGGUUGCUGCUGGGAUAGCUCUGUUCCGAACGUUCCCUGGUGCUUCCACGGACCCAGCAGGCCAACACCUUUCCCCACCACCCCAGCCCCACCCACAACGCUGCCACCAUCCAAAUGGGACUGCAAUUUCGAGCAAGACUUCUGCAACUGGAACAACUCUAAGGAGGACGACUUCAACUGGUGGAGACAGUCCGGUGGUUCACCUUCUAUUGGAACCGGUCCAACAGCGGAUCACACAACCGGAAGUCAAAAAGGUUACUAUGUGUAUAUAGAAACAUCGUGGCAAAGGCAGAACGACACAGCUAUUCUCGAGAGUGCAAUGGUUCCUGCAACAAUCGGCAAACUUAACAACAUGGUUUGCUUACAGUUUUGGUAUCACAUGCAUGGGCAGCAUGUAGAUACAUUGAACUUAUAUAUAAAACGAGGACAACAAAUUCCUGCUCAACCAGUGUGGACCAAAAAUGGCACCCAGGGGAACAGUUGGAAACUGGGCCAAGUAGCUGUGAAGAGCAGUACACCAUUCCAGUUUGCUUUUGAAGGGAAACGUGGUGAAAGCUACCAAGGCGAUAUAGCUUUGGAUGAUCUUCGUGUUUUGGAUGGUUCUUGCCCUCUCCUGCCCUUAUGUGACUUUGAGGAUCCUAAGAUCUGUGGCUUCACCCAAGACCAAGGAGACAUCUUUGAUUGGACGAAAGGAAGUGGUAACACGACCUCAGUCAGAACCGGGCCAUCAUUUGAUCAUACUUCCGGCACUGCAUUCGGUAGCUACAUGUACAUCGAGACGUCAUCACCUCGCAAACCUGGAGACUACGCCCGCCUGGAAUCUCCUACUUAUAGCGUAACAGAUGGUAAUGGAAAGUGUUUGGUAUUCUGGUACCAUAUGUAUGGAAGUGGAAUUGGUAGACUUAAUGUGUACAUCAAACGUGGCAACUCCCUUGGGUCGAGAGUUUGGACGGCAUCUGGCAAUCAUGGGAAUAGAUGGCUAAGAGGAAUGAUAACAGUACAAAGUCCAAACACUCAGUGGAAGGCUGUGUUCGAAGGCAUCAGAGGGCGUGGUUAUCGAGGAGACAUUGCUAUUGACGACACCAAUGUCAAAAGUGGCCCCUGCCCACCACCCGGUUCGUGUGAUUUCGAAAAAGGUUUAUGCGCGUAUCAGAAUGACUUGGUGGAUGACGUUUUUGAUUGGGAGAGAAACUCCGGCCACACUGGAAGCAUUGGAACUGGACCAUCUGUUGAUCACACAACUAAUUCUGUUAAUGGUCACUACAUGUACAUCGAAACGUCUUCACCACGAGUGAAAGGAGAGACCGCCAGGCUCGUCUCAGAUCGAUUUAAAAUCGCGGACGGCCAUAACUGGUGCUUGAAGUUCUGGUACCACAUGUAUGGUAACAGUGUCGGGGCUCUUAAAGUGAAGCUGAAAAUGUAUCCAUUUAACCCCAGUAAGCCCUACUACAACACUAAAUGGACUGAUCAGUACAACCACGGGGAUAGUUGGUUGUUUCAACAAUUACAGCUUAACAGUGCCGAUGACUUUGAGGUUGUAUUUGAAGCUUCAGUUGGUGCCUCCUACGACGCUGAUAUUGCCAUUGAUGAUAUUGACGUGACAAAGGGGUACUGUCCAAGUCCAACUCCUACUCCCACACCCAACGCAUGCGCUGUGAAGUGCAAGUCUGGCAAAUGCGUCAGUUCAACCAAUGUGUGCGACUUUAUCAAUGACUGUGGAGUGGGUGAUAAUACUGACGAGCAGAACUGUGGGGACUGUACAUUUGAAACAGGACAAUGUGGCUGGAAUGACACCAGUAAAGGCGCAUUCGACUGGAAAAGAGAUCAGGGCGGCACACCAUCCAAAAACACUGGACCAAGUGUGGAUCACACGAUAGGCACUGCACUCGGUCACUAUAUGUAUGUAGAGGCUUCGCACGGUAAUUCGUGGGAUCUGGCGCGUUUUGAAAGCACUUGGUUGCAACAGUCUGCAUCAACUUGCGUGGUUAGCUUUUGGUACCACAUGUAUGGCAAUGGAAUCGGUACAUUGUAUGGUUAUAUUAAAGUUGGACAGAUUUACACGAGAUUGUUUGAAGAAUGGGGUAACAAAGGUAACAAGUGGAUCCAAGGAAAACUGUACGUUGGCCGUCACUCAGGACCGUUCAAGGUCAUUUUUGAGGCAGAGAGGAGCUACAGUGUUUUUGGUGAUAUAGCUAUAGAUGAUGUUAGCUUCGAGAAUUGUACCCUGCCUCCUGUUGUUAGCAAUUGUAAGAGAGGUCAACAUCGAUGUGCCAGAGGUUCCUGCAUUGAUCCAGGGCGUCUCUGUGAUUAUACUGACGACUGUGGUGAUAACUCAGAUGAAGUCAACUGUUACAGUUACAACUAUAGGUGUACCUUUGAGCAAUCUUUAUGCCGGUGGAAUCAACUGUCUGAUGAUGACUUUGACUGGACGAGAAACCAAGGGUCUACAGGUUCUUACGGAACGGGACCUAUGUUCGACCACACUCUUGGCAGCUCAGCCGGAUCUUACCUUUACUCGGAAGCUUCUUGGCCACGUAAAAAAGGCGACAAAGCUCGUUUGGCAAGUGGUUUUAUAAGCGCUUUGCCCCAAGGUGACACCUCUUGCAAGUUGAGGUUCUAUUUCCACAUGUUCGGACCCGCCAUUGGUUCCCUGAAUAUCUACACCCGGCCGUGUAACGGUUGUGCAGAGACUCUUGUGUACACGAGAUCAGGCAAUGUGGGCAACUUCUGGGAUCGCGCCGAGGUUUCCCUUCCGAGCACUGUCCCAUUCCAAGUUGUUAUUGAAAGUGUCCGCGGUACAGGCUAUCAAGGUGACAUUUCCAUUGAUGACCUGUCAAUGACCCAGUUCUGUCGCUCCUAUAAUGGACCAAUUCCAACAGCGCCUCCGCCAACCACAGCAGCCCCAACUGUCCCAGUAUGCCCAGGCUUUAGAUUCAAGUGUUCCAAUGGACCUUGUAUCGACUGGGGAUAUGUGUGUGACUAUAGGGAUGACUGCGGAGAUGGCUCAGAUGAAGUUAACUGUGGUCCUUGUGAUUUUGAAUCUGGCUUGUGUAAUUGGAAAGAUACCAGUCUGGGGGUGUACCAGUGGAGCAGAAACAAAGGUUCAACCGUGGCAACGGGCACAGGACCCAGCAUUGACCACACCUGCGGAAAUGCUUCGUGUUACUACGCCUAUGUCCACUCCGGUGCGGGGUCAUUCUUCGAUGAUGCUAUUCUUCAAAGUCCUAACAUGACCAAGACAGGAGCAGGUUGUAUAGUGAGGUUUUACUAUCACAUGUACCUCAAGAGCGGCAGUGCCUGGACUGGAUCGCUGUACUUAAAGCUUAGCUACAAGGGAUCCACCUCUAACAUCUUUGAAGUAUCCAGUAGCAAGGGUGACAAGUGGCAAAUGGCAGAAGUUGGAUUGGGUCAUUUGGAUAAAGAUUUCAGCCUCCAGUUUACAGCAUCCAAGUUUAUACAGGCGGCUGACAUGGCUGUUGAUGACAUCACAUUCCCAGGCUGUGCCUUGGCACCUAUUAGAGCUUGCAUUUCUGGGGAAUACCGCUGUACCAGAGGAUCAUGUGUCAAGCCUAAUCAGAUCUGUGAUUUCUCUGAUGAUUGUGGUGAUGAGAGCGAUGAACUACCCUCAACUUGCGCAACAUACAAGGAAAGAUGCAACUUUGAAAGAGACCUCUGUAGCUGGACCCAAGACACUGACGACAUCUUUGACUGGACGAGACAAAGUGGUGGAACGGCGUCAUGGCUGACAGGCCCUGGCAGAGAUCAUACCACAGGCACGACAAAGGGUUUCUAUGUGUACAUAGAGACAUCAUCCCCAAGGAAAGCUAAUGAGACAGCUCGAUUAAGCAGUGUGGUGUUCAGGCCCUCUGGGCCGAAUGACAGUUGUUACCUGCGCUUCUGGUACCACAUGUUUGGACAAGACGUGGAUUCCCUUAACAUCAAUUUUAGAACAUCGGUGACAGGACCGUUGAAGGGAAUCUGGAACUUGACAGGUGAACAAGGUGACAUCUGGAGGCGAGCCGAGAUCCUUUUAGUAAGUGCAGUGAAUUUCCAAGUGGUGAUUGAAGGAACAAGCGGUCCAGGUUAUCAAGGGGACAUCGCUCUGGAUGACAUCUCAUUCACGCCAAACUGUCGCCCAGAUACCACCGCGACAAUUUCACCAGACCCUCCCACUGGAACACCACCUACCGGCUGUGACGUUGGGCAAUUCAGAUGCUCGAAUGGACAAUGCAUAAGUAGCAGAAAAGUCUGUAAUUUCCGCGCAGACUGUCGUGAUAAGUCAGAUGAAGUCAGCUGCCCAACGAAAUGUGACUUCCAGAAAGACUUCUGUAAAUGGACGAACGCUCAGGCUGGAGAUCAUUAUGACUGGAUUCGUAACAAGGGUCCAACGCCCUCUAAACUCACGGGACCCUCGGCGGAUCACACUCUCAACACAUCAGCAGGCUACUAUAUCUACACCGAAGUCACCAACCGCACAGGCUUCCGUGCUGAUGCACAUUUGGUCAGUCCGUUCUUUAGACAGGCUGGUAAAACUUGUAAGUUCAAGUUCUGGUAUCAUAUGUUUGGUCCAAACAUCGGAUAUCUGCAGGUCUAUUAUCGUAGGAAUUCACGUGAUCAACGGCUGUUUAGUAUCUAUGGCAACCAGAACAAUCAAUGGAAGCAGGGUAGCGUGGAUGUUCCAAGAUGUGCAAAUGACUUCCAGAUGGUUUUUAUGGCCAAACACUACUCAGGCGGCAGUCUUGGUGAUAUAGCCCUGGAUGAUAUCAGUUUUGAGAACUGCGCUCAGCCCCUUCCACCCAGCAGCUGUAGAGGCAGCAAUGCAUUCCGGUGCGAUAGUGGACACUGCAUUGAUCAGUCAGUCAAGUGCGAUUUUGAACCGGACUGUUGCGAUAGCUCUGAGGAGAAAAAUUCGACCUGUGUGAACUACAACAGAUGUAACUUUGAAGGAGGCCUCUGUGACUACAUGCAGCUUGCAAACGAUACGUUUAACUGGAGGAGGCAGUCGGGUCGAACAGGCUCGUACGGAACUGGGCCAACUUAUGAUCAUACUACAAAGUCUCCUCUUGGCUAUUACAUGUACAUUGAAGCAUCCUCGCCGCGCAAGAAGGGUGACAAUGCCAUGAUCGGGAGCGCUGUAUUUAAGCCAACAUCAAGCGCAUGCUUAGUAAGGUUCUUCUACCAUAUGUAUGGCAGCCAUAUCGGAACACUUAACAUUUAUACAAGAACGAGUACCACUGGUGCAAUGAAUAGAGUCUGGACACUAAGUGGAGACCAAGGUGACCAGUGGAUUAGAGGAAAUGCUACCAUAAAUGUGAACCAAAACUUCCAGGUUAUAUUUGAAGCUGUGGUUGGCACAUCCUAUAGAGGAGACAUCGCCAUAGACGACAUAACAUUCACACCUCAGUGCGUUGUUGGUGGCUCAAUCCCAGGUUUACCAACACCGUCACCUACUCCAACCUCGGCGCCAGUCUUCAAAUGUGCCAAAGAUAAGUACUGUGGCUCUCCUUGUGAUUUCACAAAGGAUAUGUGCAACUGGAUUAACUCCAAUUUGGACAACUUUGAUUGGACGCGACAUCGAGGUUGUACUGCAAGUAUCAGUACUGGUCCAUGUACUGACGCCGACAAGAAUCCUUCUGGUUACUACUUAUACAUUGAAACAUCAACGGGUAUAGUUGGAUCGAAGGCUGUGCUUGUUAGUCCCCAGUACCAGCAGGCCUACAGUAACUGUAAACUGAAAUUCUCGUACCACAUGUAUGGAAGCACUGUCGGUAGCCUGGCUGUAUUCCUCAACGAUGGCACCUCCAGGACAAGAAUGAUGAUGCUCAUUGGCAACCAAGGGAACCAGUGGUUUCAAACGGUCGUAUCUAUCGGACGUCGUAAGACCCCAUUCACAAUUGAAUUCGAGGCAAUGCGUGGAGUUUCUUGGGAUGGGGACAUUGCUAUUGAUUCCAUUUCGUUGCUAAGCUGUGAUAAGCCAACUCAAUGUAAAGGUUCUCUUCCGUCAGAUACUCAGAGGUGCACAAACGGUGCUUGUGUUAAGAAGAAUCUCCUCUGUGACUUCUCCGACGAUUGCGGGGACAAUUCCGAUGAAACUUCGUGCAGUAACUACUUGGCACGCUGCGACUUCGAAAAGGAUACGUGUUCUUGGAUACAACAAUCUGAUGAUGAAUUCGACUGGAGUAGAAGGAAAGGACCAACUCCAUCUCUCUCUACUGGUCCCGCGCGAGAUCAUACUUUUGGAACUUUGGCAGGUUACUACAUGUACAUCGAGACAUCAGGAAAGAAAUUUGGAGACCGCGCCAAACUUGGCAGCCCCAAUUUGAAAGGGCAGUGUACUCUGCGCAUGUGGUAUCACAUGUAUGGUGUGCACGUCAACGAUCUUGUAGUCUACAUGCGCAAUACGUCUGAUGGACCACUCCAAAGAGUUGGUAAUUUGUCUGGCAAUGUAGGAGAUAACUGGAUAAGAACUGAGCUGAAAAUGAGUAACGGCAAUCAACCAUAUCAAAUUGUCGUUGAAGCUGUGAGAGGGAAUGGCUACAGGGGAGACAUAGCCAUUGAUGAUCUUAGCAUUGCCAUGAAGCCUAGCUGUCAGUUGUACGGCGGGUCACUGCCUGCUGUUGGUUCAACUGUGAGUCCAGUCACCACAGCAUAUCCUAACAACUGUCAGAGUAAUCAGUUCGCCUGCGUUAGUGAUGGCAAAUGUCUUCAGCUUGGUCAGGUCUGCGACUUUAACAAGGAUUGUGCUGAUGGCUCCGAUGAAAGAAAUUGCCCGACCAAAUGUACUUUUGAAAGCAACCAGUGUGGCUGGGUAAACACAGAUAAAGACAACUUUGACUGGAAGCGCAAGCAAGGCCGAACUCCAAGCUUUGGUACCGGUCCUUCCGUUGACCACACGACGGGAACAAAUCAAGGAUAUUACAUGUACAUCGAGACUUCGUAUGGUACCGUUCGUGACCGUGCAAGAAUGCUCAGUCCUGUUUUCAAGAAGGCUCACUCUAACUGUAAGAUGACAUUCUGGUACCACAUGUAUGGUUCGUCCAUUGGCUCUUUGAAUGUUUACCUCAAUAUCAGCAACAAAUUAACUCUUUGGUGGAGGAAGUAUGGUAACAAAGGCAACCAAUGGCUGCAGGGAACUGUGGGAAUUGGGAAGCAGAUGCAGGCUUUCCAAAUUCUCUUUGAAGCGACCCGAGGCAGAAGUUUCUCGGGAGACAUCGCUCUUGAUGACAUCCAGUUUGUUGACUGUGCACUUCCUCCGGUGACCAGCAGCUGUUCCGAAUUCGCCUGUACACGGAAAUCCUGUGUCAAGCAGGACUAUGUCUGUGAUUACAAUGACGACUGUGGUGACAAUUCAGACGAAAAAGCUUGUGGUACUUACACAACACGGUGCGACUUCAGUCAGGGACCUUGCGACUGGACCCAAAGUACUGAGGACGACUUUGAUUGGUUACGAAGACGAGGUGCCACAGCUUCUUGGAAUACUGGCCCACCUUCAGAUCACACCACACAGACUGGCUAUUACAUGUACAUCGAAACUUCUUGGCCUCGAAAGUAUGGCGACAAGGCCUGGAUGGUAAGCCGAAACUUCCAAGCACUCAUUCCCGGCUCAAAUCCCUGCAAGCUCCGGUUCUUCUACCAUAUGUAUGGGGACUCGGCUGAGAAGUUUUCCUUGUACAUCAGGACUACUCGAAAUGGAACCAAUAUGCAGAACGUGUGGAGCAAAGUUGGUUCACAAGGAGCUGUGUGGAACAGAGCUGUCGUGACCCUGGCUUCAGACAAGAACUUCCAAGUGAUAUUUGAGGGUAUGCGAGGCGAUAGCUACACUGGUGACAUUGGUUUGGAUGAUGUUUCCUUCACAACUGACUGCAAGCCAUAUGGUGGAGAUCUUCCCGAUGCCCCAUCGCCCACACCGACUCCUUCAGGAGGACCCACUCAGUCACAUCAGUGUAGCAGCGCAGAGUUCAAUUGCGCGAAACAGGGGCCUGCUGCUUGCAUCCGAAGCACGCAGGUCUGCGACUUCCAAAACGACUGUCAGGAUGGAUCAGACGAAGGCAACUGUGCAAAGACUCGCUGUACUUUUGACAGUGGGGACUUAUGUAAUUGGUAUGUGGAUAACCCUACACGGAAACGGCGUGAUGUGGCCUACACCUGGCUAGCUCAGCAGGGUGCUACAGGCACGGCCCUUACGGGACCCACAAUAGACCACACGACAGGUACUACAGCAGGAUGGUAUAUUUACGCAGAGAGCUCUGGAGGUUCUAAUGGUGAUAGGGCACUACUCUCCACAACCCGGAUCGGUCAAACUGGACCGCAAUGUGUUCUGUCGUUCUGGUACCACAUGUAUGGACGAUCGGUAGGAACUCUGUCAGUCAAGCUGUCCUUCUUAGAUGGAACACAACCUGUUAUCUGGACCAAGUCUGGUGACCAGGGCAACUCUUGGCUACAAAGCCGCUUGGUGAUCGGAUCAAGACAACUAUUGAAGGUCAUCUUUGAAGCAAAGCGGGGCUUCGGUUACCAGGGAGAUAUCGCUUUGGAUGAUAUAGAAUUCAUGAAAUGCCAGCCGCUGGACACCACAAAGAAGUGUACCGUGGAUGAAUUCCAGUGUGCACAAGGAGGCUGCAUCCCGAAGACAUCACUAUGUGACUUCAGUGCUGACUGUAUGGCUGGGGAUGUAUCAGAUGAGGCCACCUGUUCUGCUUACAAGUCUGGACAAUGUGAUUUUGAACAUGGUCUAUGUCUGUACUCACAGAGUUCUGAUGACAAAUUUGACUGGACUACAUCCACUGAUGGUACAUUCUCCUAUGGUACCGGCCCUUCAUCUGACCAUACAACUCAGACAAACAAAGGUCGGUACAUGUACAUCGAGACUUCAUGGCCUCGCAGACCCGGAGACAAUGCCCGUUUGAACUCACCCAUCUUAAGGAGCACUUCAUCCAACUGUUACCUCCGAUUCUACUACCAUAUGAAGGGUAGUCAUAUUGGCAGCCUUCUCGUAAGAACACGCACAAGCUACUACGUAGGAGGUCUUUCCAAUCCUAUAUUGAACAUUACAGGACCACAGGGUGACUUCUGGUACCGCGGAUUGGUUCAAGCACCUUACAGUCAGAAUGAUUACCAGUUCGUCAUAGAAGGAGUGAGAGGCAAUGGAUACCAGGGUGAUAUUGCGAUUGAUGACGUUUCCCUCACGCCUGGUUGUCAGAUAUGCAAGGAUUGCACCAUGCCAGGUCAGCCAACACCGACUCCAUUUGGUUUCCACUCGCGGCCCACUGGGACCUCUUGCGGUGCCCAGCAGUAUGUCUGUAAGAACCUCAAAUGUGUGGACAAGGCUCAGAUAUGUAACUUCAAAAAUGACUGUGGAGACAACUCCGAUGAAAUCCCCUGCGGCUCGGAUUGCACAUUUGAGGAUGAUUGCUGGAGGGGCUGGAGACAAUCUACCGGUACUGACAACUUUAACUGGAGGCGGAAGAAUGGACAGACACCGAGUGUUGGAACGGGCCCUACCAAUGACCACACUCUGGGAACGGCCCAGGGCUACUACAUGUAUAUUGAAACAUCACGCGCGAAUCUCGGUGACAAAGCAGAGUUGACAUCGUUCAGGUAUUUUGCUUCAAGUCCCAACUGUAAGAUGACAAUAUGGUAUCACAUGUAUGGAUCAGGCAUUGGAGUGUUUGAGGUCAAGGUCAAGAAAUCCGAUGGAACGUAUGAUUACAAGUAUACAUUGAGAGGAAAUCAGGGAAAUGCUUGGAAAAAAGCGGACAUAGAUAUUGGUGCAUACAGGAACUUUGUGAUCAUUAUUCAAGCCACCCGUGGAUCAAGCUGGCAAGGUGAUAUUGCCAUCGACGACAUCUCUUUCAGCAAUUGCUUCUCUGAUGUCACAAGGAACUGCACUCAGAAUGAAGUGAAAUGCAAAGACAGUGGUCAUUGUGUAACAGAACAAAGAGUUUGCGAUCAUGUCAAAAAUUGUAAGGAUGGUACUGAUGAAAGUCAGUGUUCCAGUCGAAAAGCCAGUUGCGACUUUGAAAUCAACUUGUGUAACUGGUUCAACUACUGGAGUGACGACUUUAAUUGGCAUCGUCAAAGUCAGAUCGGAACGACUGGAACAGGUCCAAAAGGAGACCACACCACUGGGAGUGGUUGGUUCAUGCACAUAGACUCGUCAAGUCCAAGGCAGCUUUUAGACAGAGCGAAACUUGCACAUGGUAAUUUGUUCCCGGCCGGCCGCGGAGUUUGUACUCUACGAUUUUACUACAACAUGUAUGGAUCACAGAACAUGGGAUAUCUGAAGGUCCACUUGCUUACUAAUUGGUUAUCGAACUGGAGGGAAGUCUGGAAAACGAGAGGUGAUCCUACCAAUCAAAACUGGGUGCGUGCAGAGGUCAAGCUAGACUCCUACUCGUCGUUUAGGGUUGGUUUUGAAGGUAUCGUUGGCGGAGAUGACAAGACUGAUAUUGCAUUGGAUGAUAUAAGCUUUUCUGCCGGCUGCUACAAGGGAGGCAUUCCGCCUGCACCAACAGGUGCUGCACAAUGCACCAGUAACCAGUUUUACUGCAGUGCAGACGACCUGUGCAUCAAUAUUAACUGGAAGUGUGACGGAGAGCAGGACUGUACUGAUGGCGAAGAUGAACUCAAGUGUCCACCACCUUCACCGCAACCAACCCCUCCACCUGGAUCAUCUCAUCCCGCAGACUGCAACUUCGAUAAAGACUACUGUUUGUGGGAGUCUGCAAAGUUUGCUGAUAUGAGAUGGCUGCGAAACCAAGGCCAGACACCUAGCUGGAACACUGGCCCCAGUGCUGAUAAAAGUGGCGCAGGUUACUACGUUUACGCUGAAGCCACAGGCUACUAUUUGGGCCACUUUGGAGAGCUUUUGGGUCCAAAUUUGUUACCAUCUGCAACGUGCCAAGUUUUCUUCUGUUACAAUAUGAAUGGAAAAGACAUGGGAACCCUAAAUGUUUACCAGCGCUUUACUAAUGAUGCCAAACCUGACAUGACCCAAAAGAAAAUCUGGUCGAAGAGUGGUGACCAGGGCAACAAAUGGCGCUGCGAUUAUGCCAAUAUUCCGAGUAAAGUGCAAUUUUCAGUUGUCUUUGAAGCUAUACGGGGCGACGGCUAUCAAUCAGACAUCGCCGUGGAUAAUAUCCAGUUCGUCAAGUGCGGAAAUCUUGGGCCGACUCCAGCUCCAACACCAAAACCCAAACCGUCCAUCAUGGAUGACGAUUUUGAGAAAUGCGUCAGCUGUUGGGUUAAUGAGAAUGAUGGCCACGACCAGAUGGAUUGGAUUGUUGGACGUGGGGAAACUGCUAGCCAGAAUACAGGUCCUUCCUACGACCACACCAAAAAAAGCAUUUUAGGGCGCUAUCUUUACAUUGAUGCCUCCAGUGUCUCGUCAUCGGGCUGGUACCAUGCCGAUUUGGAAAGCAGGCUGCUUGUUGUUGACCGAAGGUGUUACAUGUCUUUCUGGUAUCAUAUGUAUGGCUCUGGGGUGGGCUCGCUGUGGAUUGUCGCCUAUGCGUUUUCCGAUCCUAAAAAUUUGAUUGAUCACAAACAGGUCAACUUGUGGUAUGAUUGGGGUAACCGUGGUAACAAGUGGCAACAUGGCAUGGUGAGUAUCUACAAUCCGGAGACGGCCAAUAAGACAGUUAGAAUUGUGAUCAGUGGGGUCAGAGGAUGGGACUACAAUGGAGACAUAGCAAUAGAUGACAUAGAGUUCCACAACUGCAAGUUUAAUGAUGAGACAACACCAUGCACAGAAACCUUUCCAAAGUGUAAUGAUAACCCGUUCACCCGACCAACGCUUGGUCCGCUAUCCGGUGACUGUAAUUUUGAGCACGGUACUUGCCACUGGAACAACACAGCCGUCAACGAUAUGCCGUGGUAUCUUAGAGAGGGCAAAACUUCCAGUAAGAACACCGGUCCAGCGGUUGAUCACACCACAGGAACAUCAAGCGGUUAUUACAUGCAUAUUGAGGCCAGUUGGUAUGUCAAGGGCGCUGUUGCCAUCUUGGAGGGUCCUUACAUGAUGCCUACCUCAAACUGCAAGAUGACGUUUUACUACCACAUGUCCGGCCCUGACACAGGCUCACUUACAAUCUUCGUGAACAGUGGAGAUGAAAUGAAGGUAAUAUUGAACAUGACUGGCCACCAGGCUGACAAUUGGAUCAAAGCUGAAGCAACGGUGAAGAGUGAUUACGCCUUCCGAAUUCACAUCACUGCCACACGAGGAGAUGGUUACCAAGGAGACAUUGCCAUAGACGACAUUAAAUUUCAGGGUCAAUGUUCCUUCACAGACGACCAGGCCUUGAGAUACGGUGACAAAGCCCUGAAAACGGGUUGUUCUGACGGUGGACGAGAAGGUUUCUUUCAGCAUCCGACUGUGGCCGGCUGCAAAGGUUAUUGGUGGGGACGUAGAAACCUCCGAGCCAAGCCUUCCUAUGUUGGUGCCACGUGCGGAGAUGACAUCGGGCGUUGGGGUCGUUGGUGUGGCCAACCUGCUGACCUGUGCGAAAAUGGUUGGCAUGUCUGUGGAACUUUUGGAGACGUUUUCGAAAUUGUCAACCGAACGAACGGUGUGGAUUGCCAGAGAGCUGGUUAUGGUCAUUUCAGCGCCGGUAUUAACCACUGUAAGACCAACAGUGGAGGAGGCGACGGCUGCAAGCGAGUAAAAACUGGAUUAGAUUAUGGUUGUGGUCAAUACCACGACUCGUGCUCAGAACCGCUUUGCUGCGGCUUUGGUUGCAAAGGUCCAGACUCCUGUGACUCAGGUGUUUUCAAACGCCAGACGAUGUACACGCCCGCUGCUGGCAAUCUAGAGGGUUGUUCGUUCAUGUCAGUAAGUAAUGCAGGCGGCAUCAUGUGCUGCAAAGACGACAGUACCACUCCUACCUACCCCCCGACGAAUGCACCAACUAAAGGUUCAUGUGACUUCGAAAGAGGCAUGUGUGAUUGGAUUGUUGAUUCAACUGCCCCUGCAAGUUUUACACGAAACCAGGGAGAGACACGAAACAGAAACACCGGUCCACGCUAUGAUCACACUAAACAGGAUGCGACUGGGUACUAUCUUUACAUGGAUUCAUCUCAAGCGCAGCCCAAAGACACAGCCAGGGUCUCUUACACCUUCACAAGUGUAUCAGAGUCUUACUGCCGGAUGAGUUUCUUCUACCACAUGUACGGCACUGGCAUGGGUGUGUUGCGUGUGUUUGUUGAACCCAAAGAUGGACAACGUACCGAGGUUUGGAAAAAGGCUGGAAACCAGGGUGACGGCUGGUAUAGAGGUGUGCACAACUUCACGGAACUGAUUAAGAACAAGACAGCUUUCACCGUCAGUUUUGAGGCAGAGCGUGGUCCAACCACGGCUAGUGACAUAGCGAUUGAUGACAUCACCUUUUCAUCCUGCACACAUACGCCACCAGGUCAGUGUAAGCGUGACGAAUUCCGAUGUAAGAGUGGAGAAUGUAUCAAGUCGGCCUUCGUUUGUGACCAAUACCCAGAUUGUAAAGACCACUCAGACGAGGGAGCAGAAGCUAACUGUGCCAACCGUAAUUGUGGUCAUUUCCAGAUUUAUUGCCCAGCUGAUGGAAAAUGCCUAAACAAGACUCUGCAAUGUAACGGCAAGUCUGAUUGUACGGAUGGAAGUGAUGAAUCACAUUGUGCAUGUACCGAAAGCUAUUGUAUCAAUGGACAGUGUCAACUAGACAACUUUGGGCGUCCGGAUUGUGUAUGCGAUGCCAAUUACAACGGUGCAAGAUGUCAGAACUGUACCAGUUGUGAGUGUCCUAAAGAUCAAAUCCAGUGCAAAAUUGGCAAGUGGUUCUGCACGACCAAGGAAAAAAUAUGUUCUAAAAGCGUUCAGUGUGGCCUUAGUCCCGUUGAGUUUGUCAAGCUUUGCCAAGCUUGCACACCACAUUACUGUGUAAAUGGAAAUUGCAAGAUGGUAGAUGGAAAUCCGACUUGCGAGUGCACCACUUCUGACUAUGUCGGCCAACGAUGUGACACUUGCAAUCAAAAAAAUGGCUUGGUGAAUUGUGGAACAAAUGGCAAAUGUGUGAAGAUAGAUCAGAUCUGUGACCAGAGCAUAUCGUGUCCGAAAAAUAAAUCAGAGAUCCGCAACUUAUGUGGAAGCUGUGAAGACCAGAAGUCUUUCUGCCCUGAAGGAGCAGAAUGUAAGGCGGACGAUAAAGGGUUUAUGGCCUGUGUAUGUCCAUUUGAUAGGAACGGACGAAAAUGUGAGAAUCAGAUUCCAAACAACUGUACAAAUCAGAUACCUUCACUUCAGCCUUGCCUUGGAAAAUGCGUUGAGAAAGCAGUCAUUUGUUCUCGCAACCAGACUUGUAACUACCCUGAAGAUCAGAUCAAAUUCAACUGUAAAGCACCGCCCAAGACUGGAACAAGGACAGAUAAACAAAAGGGCAAUAAAUCGUCAAUUUACAUUGGCGUCGGUGUCGCUGCUGGAAUUGUGUUAAUCCUUAUCGUCCUCGUUGUGGCCUACUAUAUAAUGAAGAGUAAAAAGAAGAGACUUACCUUGUUCUCGGUGUUUUAUGACCCCUCUAAUAAGGAAGGCUCACAAAUAAGGAAAGGCAAAAAGGAGAAAGGAGAAAUCGAAAUGGCUGAGGGUGUUGGAAACCCUGUGUAUGAUUCUUUCAAUGAAGGACAACCCCUGGAAGACUUUCACAUGAGUGACGUGGAUACAAACAUGUUUGCCUCAGAUGACGCGUUUGGGAUUGCGUCGGAUAAGGAAGGAGCAACGUCCAUGGCAAACCCAUUGUAUCAAGAUCCUUACCUUGAAGAAGACCUAAACAAAUAUUGAACAAAGAACGCAAACGUCAAAAAUGCUGAAAACGAGACUAGAAGAACAUUGCUGUCUUAGUUAGAAACCUUUUGCAAAAAGUCUUGGAACAUUUAGUCAGUACAUACAUAUAAGAUCUAUUGAUUACUAUUUCUUAAAUCACUGCUUCCUAGAAAAUAUUUUUAUCACUGUGAUGAGUUCAAAUAUUGGCAGAUAGCUUGAUAUUAUUUUUUUUACUUAUUCUUCAGCGAGGGAAAAUGUAGACGCAUUUCUGACCAGAUACAUUCUUUUUUUUUACCGCUUACUAAGCCGCAAUAAAAGAGCUAUAUUUUAAGCUUUUCCUUGCUAGGUUUUGAUAUCAUGAGUUUUUUUUUAAUGCUGCUUUUGAGAACCAUGCUGCUUGUGUGAUAAUCCGAAUAAUUCAUUUGAUAAUGUCUGCUUGGAUCAAGAUAAUUUGUAGCGUAGCAGAAAAAAAAUUUUCAACAGUACACUUUCUUAAUAAACUUUCUAGAUUUUCUAA